AUGUCCGAAGUAGAGGCGCAAUUCGUCAAGCGAGGACUAUGGGUAAACUGGAGCCAAGGACCCAUCAUGGGCCAAACACUGACUGUCGACUCUUCGGUCGCUAACGUAGUUGUUGCCCUCCUCGCAAUCUGCACCUCUAUCGGUACAGCGCAGCUGUUCAAUCUCGCAAUUUUCUUAUAUCAUCAGCUCAGAGCCCACGGCCAACCGUCGGAUGGACUUUAUUGGCAACAGCAAGCUCUGCUUAGAACGCUGCCUACGCCCACAGCUUUCGUCGCGGAUUACAUGAAGUUGUGGUGGAGUUGGCGCACUAAGUCCAAGAAAGCGUUGAUGCGAUCUUGGAUAGCAGCCGUCAUUGUUCUCUGCUAUGCUAUCGCGAGCAUCGCGGCCGGAAUUUCGACUAGCUAUGCCGUUGAUACAACCAAUCUCGAGGUACUCGUCGACAGUUCCCUUUGCCGCCUUGUCGACGUCCCUAAGCUCGCCGCGGAUGCGAACGCAUCUCUAGCAUUCGCGACUGGUAUGAUCCCAUACAUACACACAUAUACACAGAACUGCUACCAAAACACCACCACUGCACCUGCAACUUGUCGAAAUAUGUACAUACAACCAAAGGUCCCCUUGACUGUGGAGCAGGCCAGCUGCCCAUGGCAGCCUUCCCUUUGUCUUGAUGGUGAGCGUCCCGCUAUAUCCAUGGACUCGGGAUUAUUGGAUGUUAGUGCAACUUUCGGAUGGAAUCUGAAGGCCAGAGAUAACCUAUGGGUGCGACGUCGCACAACCUGCAACGUGCUACCGUUGGAGGGCCGUGAGAAGAAAGUCAACUUGUCUUCUCUAAGCGAUACGUUAGGUUUCGAACCUCUUCCCAACGAACAAGGGUAUGCGUACCUUUUCGGCAAUUACACGGACAUACCUCCAGAAAUGCACCCGGAGUAUCUAUAUAAAGCAAGCCUCUUGUUCGCGAACCGAACCAAGACAUAUGGCUCCAUAAGUACUAUCACCCGAGCACACAGUAAUUCGUUUAUGUGGGGACUAAAUUGGCGGACGCUUGACGAAAUGAACCGGACCGACGCCGACGUAGCCCUUGCCUUUAUAACCCUAAACAACGUGUUGUAUCACAACCCUGUGAAUGACCCUCUAUUCUCGGCGCAUCAAGAGGUUCCGUAUGGCAAUGGGCCUCUUUCACAAACAGAAUACAAGUCAGACCAUCUUGCUGGGGCGUUGGGAUGUGCUGUCCAGCACCAAUUUUGCGCUUCGAAGUCCAGUUCCGAUAAAAGCUGCACCUCAUUGGGUGCUCUCCCAGCCGAUGAUUCGUCUCUUGCAGCGCAGUUCUCUGAUCUCACAGGGCUACAGCAAUCCCUCAUGAAGCUUCUCUGGGCAGCCAGCUUCCUGAAUGAUGUGACUAACGGUGCAUCAUCAGAUGAGCUGUUAGCUUAUGGCCUCACUAUGAACGGUCUUGUAACGGAACUACCCGACAACCAAUGGGCCAAAGAAGUAGUGAACUGGGAGAACUACGCAUGGGCCGGUUUUCAGAUCAUGAUGUCAGAUGCAGCCAUUGGCCCAAUCACGCGCACGGAGUUGGCUGAUAGCUAUACUAACGCACCGGCAACGGCUGCGGACAGUGCGCUAUGUCAAUCGAUGAGGAUGCGCAAAGCUGGUGGUUUCGCGAAUGUGAACGUCUUUGGUCUCGCAUUCGUCUUGACCUUUUCCGCUAUCAUAUCAUUCAUCAACUUCUUCAUCCUUAGAUUUUUCAUUUUCCUCAAGCGAUUCCGCAAGACUCUUGCGCCACGACUGGAUCGUUGGGUCAACGACGGCAUCUUUCAGUUGCAACGGAGAGCUUUUGAGGCCAACGAGAGUACCACAUGGAUAGACUCAGAGAAGGAGAUUCCGACAACUACCUAUGCAACGACGAUGUCCGAGCUGCCCACGGUAAGGCGGACGAUCAGGCGCUCUGCCACCGCGGCUACGCUGGUCGACAAGAGCGCGAUACUGAAGUGGGAGUUGGAAGAACGACAGCCGACUAUAACAGAAUCGGAGCGCUCUUUGACCGCGCGAUCCGAUGAAUCUUUCACGGAUAGGGGGCAUGUGUCGCAGGGGGAGAUCAGCCUGGUGCAGCAUUCGUCGCCCAGCGCGCAUUCCCGAUGACAUGUUUCUUUUGC